CAUUGGCCGGGCUCCCGCAGACCUUGAGCCGGCUGGCUCGACGAGGCGUCCUGAGUGGGCGAUCCCCUCGUCCAUCCGUCCGCAGAGCCCGCCUUUUCCCCGGGGCUGGGCUAGGUUGAUGGGAGGCGAGCCUCGAUCGCAACUCUGGACAGCUCCAGCUACCCAAACAGACGACGUAAGAGCAGGAAAGGGCUCGGACAUGGCGAGGCGGCUGCAGCGGCGCUGGCCAGGCUGACGGAGAGGCUGGUGGCUGCCCUCCCUUCUCUCUCUCUCUCUUUCUCUCCCCCACCCCCCUUCUCUCUCUCUCGGCUCCCCUCCCGCCCCCCCACACGCACUCACCACACAAUUCACACACGCACACAACUGAGAGGCCUUAUAUCGACACCCCCCCCCGUCCAAAAAAAGAAAGGAAAACCCAACACAGCAGGAGCGUCAGCAGCAGCAGCAGCAUCCAGCAUUUUCCUCUGGCGAAGCGCCGCGGCUGGAGCUUUUGAUCCCCCCCACCUCCUCCCCUUCCCCAGAGCCAAGCGACCCCCGGAGCUCCGUCUGCCUGCCUGCCUUCCCCCUCUGCACCCAGCCCCGCGAAGCCCCCUGGUGCCGACCACCCCUCUCCAUGGACUGAAUGAAGACUGCGUGCACCUCCUAUCGAUGCCUAACCAAAGAGCUGGACAGCUGCGCCAUGAACCCGGAGAUGACAAUGGAGACGCUGGGCCCCUUGCACGGGCCCUCGAGCCAUGAGCAGGAGCUGAUGGGCAGCCCCAGCCCCCACCACCACCCCAGCAGCCGGAGCGCCGGAUCGCUCCGGGUCCACCCGCCGCCGCCGCCGCCGCCGCCUCCAGGCCCUCCGCCGCCGCCUUCCCACCAGGACUUGGCGUCCGCCUCGUCGCGUUCAGCCAUGGUGACCAGCAUGGCCUCGUUGCUGGACGGCGCGGGGGACUACCGCGCGGAGCUGUCCAUCCCGUUGCACCACGCCAUGAGCAUGCCGUGCGACUCGUCUCCUCCGGGCAUGAGCAUGACCAGCACCUACACCACGCUGACGCCGCUGCAGCCCUUGCCCCCCAUCUCCACCGUGUCGGAUAAGUUCCACCACCCGCACGCGCAUCACCACCCGCACCACCACCACCACCACCCGCACCACCACCCGCACGCGCACCACCACCACCACCAGCGCCUGUCGGGCAACGUGAGCGGCAGCUUCACCCUCAUGCGCGACGAGAGGGGCCUCCCGGCCAUGAACAACCUCUACAGCCCUUACAAGGAGAUGCCCGGCAUGGGCCAGAGCUUGUCCCCCUUGGGCGGCAGCCCUCUGGGCAACGGGCUGGGCUCCAUCCACAACACCCAGCAGGGCCUGCAGAGCUACGGCCCCGCGGGCCACGAGAAAAUGCUGAGCCCUAACUUCGACGCGCACACUGCCAUGCUGGCCCGCGGGGAGCAGCACCUGUCGCGGGGCCUGGGCACCCCUCCGGCGCCUAUGAUGUCUCACCUCAACGGGAUGCACCACCCCAGCCACCCCGGAGGCCACCCUCAGUCUCACGGGCCGGUCUUGGCCUCCGGCAGGGAGAGACCCCCGUCUUCUUCCUCGGGAACCCAGGUCAACAACUCCGGGCAGCUGGAAGAGAUCAACACCAAAGAAGUGGCGCAGAGAAUCACGGCCGAGCUGAAGCGCUACAGCAUCCCCCAGGCCAUUUUCGCCCAGAGGGUGCUGUGCCGUUCUCAGGGGACCCUUUCAGACCUUCUAAGGAACCCUAAACCUUGGAGUAAACUGAAAUCGGGCAGGGAGACCUUCAGGAGAAUGUGGAAAUGGCUGCAGGAACCCGAGUUCCAGAGGAUGUCAGCCUUAAGACUUGCUGCGUGCAAACGCAAAGAACAAGAACCAAACAAAGAUAGGAACAACUCCCAGAAGAAAUCUCGUCUGGUUUUCACUGAUCUCCAACGCAGAACACUUUUUGCCAUCUUCAAAGAGAACAAACGUCCGUCCAAAGAAAUGCAGAUCACCAUCUCUCAGCAGCUGGGCUUGGAACUUACCACUGUCAGUAACUUCUUCAUGAAUGCUAGGAGGCGGAGCCUCGAGAAAUGGCAGGAUGAUUUGAGCACCGGGGGACCCUCCUCAACCUCCACCACUUGUACCAAAGCAUGAUCGAAAAUCAGAAUCUAAAUUGGGCACAACUCAACUAAUAUAUAUAUGGAAAGGAAUGGAUUCUUACUGGGGCCCUUCACUGGUGAUUUGAAAGCACAAUCCUCUUAGAACAGUAAUACUGAUUUACAACACAGGGCAUUUUAAUUUUAUUUCAAUGGUUUUUAGGGUUUUCUUUUUUUAAAAAAAAAGUGCAGGUCAAAAAUACAUUAAAAGGCAAGACUAAGCAUGUCUGAAACAUAAGUAGGUCAUGCAUGACCCAAAUUAAUCCAGGGUUAUCAUGGCAGAGCCAACGGAAGCUGAAAAUAUUCAUCAGCUUCGAGGGCCAAGGAAUCGGUCAACAAGACAGCACCAACUUUGCUAAGAUUUGUUCACCAAAGGAAAUCCAAAGACACCGGACCUAUUUUGUUUCCAACAUGCUUAGUUUCUCCACACUACUAUACCAAAGCUCACAAGCAUUGAAACAUACAAGUACUGAGCACAAACUUAAUCUAGACCUAAGAACACGGGGGGGUUAUUUUAGAAACUCAGGCAUUGUUACGUUAAACAUUUUCAGAACUAUCCGACUUGCUUUCUCUUACGGGGGGGGGGGAAUGUCAAUGGAGAUAAGGUCUUGGAUCAGUACGAUUCGGUUCCCUUGAACCCAAACUAUCAAGCACAAAGACACCAGAAAACAGGAACAGCUCUGGACUCUUUGCCUGUUCUUACAAGACGUGCUCGGAGUUAGGGGGUGUUAGCGAACACAUUGGUUUCAAGCACACUUUUGCAGGUCUUCACAAUUUCUAUUUGUACAUAGUGCAGACACACACUCAGGAAGCCAGAUUAAGAUGCUACCACAGAUAGAGCAAAUGCAACACUUGAAAUGCUCUAGACUUUAUUUUAUAUUUUAAAAAAACCACUAAUGGUGAAUAUGUCCUAAACAGUUAUGAGACAUCCAAUUUCAUCCCUUCACUUAUUUAUUUAAUUAUUAUUAUUAUUGGCCACAUCCAUUCUGUGUUUGAGUUAGUUGGUGUUUCCAGGCAGGAAAAUAAAGCCAAUGCCUUCAUAACGUCACUGACCACUGGAGCACUUACUCCAAGUCUCUUCCAUGGAUAAAAAGCAUCCCACUCAUUACUUCAUGUAAGAAUGCAACACACCAAAGAUGCAGGAUAUUGCAAGCCAAAGACCAUUAUAACUUGCCAUUUUCCAACCUCAUCGUCAUCACCAUUGUCCUUGUCAUCAGUGUAGUCAGGUUUUGAAUAUGUUAGAAGUAAACACCAGUCAAUGUACGGCUCUAUUCCAGUUCACCUGUCCAGUGAGCUGAAAGAGACAGUGUUCUCAAGUGAAGCAUCAAAGAUAACUUUUAAUCUCACUAGGGUACAGUGUUCACCUAAGGACACCCACACACAAGACGCGCCAUCUUUCUCAUCAGAAUUGCUAUGGUCACUCAAUGUGCAUAUUCACCAGUGAAUAGCCCCCCAUUCCUCGGAACACCACUUGAGUGUUCAAAAGCAAGCCAAAUGCUGUAACGAUCCUUUAAAGACACUUGAGACUCUUUUAUGUACUACUUAAUCGAAACCAAAGAAACUUUUUCUGCACCUACUUCUUCUGCAACAAACUGUUCCAUUUAGGGGGGGAAAAAAUAAAGAAAUGAAUAAUAAUUUAAAUAAAAAAUAAAAAAAAACCAAACCAAGGAAGCACGUCAGGAAACAAACCAAUGCUAACACACUGUGUUUUGACAGACAUCUUGGGACAUUUUUAGGAAGCAGAGUUCAGAGAAAGGGUUGACAAGAAAGGAAACGAAUGGAAAAGCCUGUGGGGAUUGCUGCUUCAUUUUGACAACUCAGUAAUCUUAAAGUUGAAGAUUGUCUUUAAUUUGUGCCUAUGCAGUUUUUUCAAAAGAACAAGGAACAGAGCAACCGAGACCUCGACAGCUACAAUACCAAAGAUGAGGAUUUCUCACGACUUUUAGUUCAGUUCAUUCUUCCCCCCCUUGCACAGCUAAUAUGCGUAUAGCACGAUUGAUCUGUGCAAAGGUAAAUUGAUUCUGUUUCUUUUGAGCAACAAAAAACAAACACACAAAAAGGAUGAUAUUUUUCUUUUUAA